AUGGAGUGUUUUAUCAGGAGCUGUCGGGCUGUGCUUAAGGGUACCGCAGAAGAGAGUCCUGGGGUUCACGUUGUCCUGGGGAAUGAGGCCUGUGAUCUGGACUCCAUGGUGUCUGCCCUCACCUUUGCCUACUUCCUGUCAAAGACAUCAGGCUCUGAGAGGACUCCAGUCCCAGUUAUGAACAUCCCAAGGGCUGAAUUCCCUUUGCGCACAGACAGUGCCUUCCUUUUGCGAGAGAGUGGUCUUCCCCAAGAUGUCCUGGUGUUCCGUGAUGAGGUCAACCUACUUGGGCUUCAACAUGCUGGAAAGCUGGCCCUCACACUAGUGGAUCAUAAUGUGCUGCCCAGUGCUGAUAGUGAGCUAGAGAGGUCAGUGGUGGAGGUGAUCGACCAUCACCUGCUGGAAAGGGUGCCUUCUCCCUCCUGCUCAGUGACCGUGGAGACUGUGGGAUCAUGUGCUACCUUGGUGACUGAGCGCAUUGUACAGAAGAGCCCUGAAGUGCUAGACCGACAGGUGGCACAGCUCUUAUAUGGCACCAUUGUAUUGGACUGUGUGAACAUGGCACCGGAGGCAGGGAGGGUCACACCUAAGGACAGCAAGUACGCAGUCUUGCUAGAACAGCGCUUUCCAGAUCUGCCACCAAGGAGUGCCCUUUUCCAGUCUCUACAGAGUGCCAAGUUUGAUAUGUCAGGUCUCACUACAGAACAGAUGCUACUGAAAGACUUGAAGGUGGUGUCAGGGGCGGAUUUGAAGUUGGCAGUCAGUGUUAUAUACAUGACACUUGAGGCCUUUCUCCAGCGGCAGUGCUUACAGCAGGAGCUCUGUGAGUUUUGUCACAAACACCAUUACAGCCUAGUGGUCAUCAUGACAAUCUCCUUCAAAGAUAAAAAAGAAGCAUUCCGCCAAAUGGCCGUCUACAGCUCUAGCACCCUCUACAGGGAGGAGUUGAGUCAAGCCUUGGAAAAUGCCCACAACCCCUGCUUGAACCUGUCUCCAAUGAGCAGCCCAUAUGACAAAAUCAAGGCCUACCUUCAGGGAAACACGCUGGCCUCCCGUAAGAAAGUUAUUCCCAUCAUCAAGGAUUUCCUGAAAGAUCGGGAGAGGAGGGCAGUGCAUUGUGGUAACCUGGAGGACCUGUUAGUGCUGGAGGACCAGUUCAAUCCAUCCUGUGCAGGGGGUCCUGGGAUGGAGGAAGACUCCAAUGUUCCUCCUACUCCAAUGAACAGCCUAGUGGAGGGCUGCCCUCUAGACAGUGGCCUGCCCAGGGUCAGCGCAGAGGCUGUCCUGGAGAGGUUCAGAGAAGUAUCUGACAAGGAUAUGACAGAAAACAAGGUGCCAGGGGGGAAAUGAUGGGGUGGUAACCUCUCACACUCUUUACUACCCCCAUUGCAUCUCCUACCAAAACUCCAAAUGUCCCCUAUAUCUGUUGGAGUUAAGAGCAUUUAAAUAGGGCUGUUCUACAAGCUGAUUUCAAAGGGCCAGUAUUCCAAAAUAGAUUAUUAUAGUAUAAAAAAAAAUGGAGUGUAAGUUCAGGCAAUAAUUUUGGUUCCAGGCCCAUGAAUUGCAUUCGUCCUGAAGGUAUUUCUUUCCCUUGUUAACAUUCAGUCUGUUGUUACCACAGGGACUUUGACUUCGAAAUAUUUACUGAGGGCAAGAGGGUGACUGCCACAACUUGGAACUAGCAUGGCUACCAGCAGCCAUCAUCUGUGUUGUAGUAAUGCAGAAGCCUGCAAGGGAUAGGAAAGGGAUACAGUGCAGCAUCACAACUCAAAGCUACCAUGUGAGGCUUUCCCAUAAACUGAAGAUGCCACAGAACCAUGUCUGAGGACUUGGUGACAGGCUUUGGGAGAAAUCUUUCCACAAUGUAGUUUUGGGAUAGUGAUGGCAGUUCCCCCCUUGUUACUCCCUCACACUAAAACAGCCCAGUCUCCGAUAAAACAGCAGAAACCCCAAUAUGAGUCCAGUUGCAGAGUAGUUAGAUUCACAAGCUGUAGUGCAAACACUUAGAACUCACAUGUGUACGGCAAUAAAACUUUCUGUCCAUAUCACAAACAGUCCGUGCUGCCACAUGUUGAGCCACUCUACAAUGCAGUAGCUGACUGAUGUGAAGCUCAACUCACUUACUUUCCGUUUGUUCACAGCUUUACAAGUAGGAAGACUUCAUGGCAUCAGUAACUGUAUGACUAAUAGUGAUCUUAAUAUCUGAUAAUAUGUAUUUCAGAACUUAGUGUAGUCACUAGGAGCUGUCAGUGGUACAUUAGAUGUAUGUGUAGGUGCCUUUAGGAGUUUAGUGGAUGUUGAGAGAUGAAUAAUGGAUAGAGCCCCCAGCAGGAGGCUUGAAAUCUCAGCAGGAUUUGUAAGACCCUGUUCUGUUCAUCACAGUUUACUAACAUUUAAUCUGUAAU